AUGGCUGGUGAUGGUGGUGAAGGAGGGAACAACUUGGAAUUCACUCCCACUUGGGUGGUUGCUGUUGUUUGUUCUGUGAUCGUUGCUGCUUCAUUCGCUGCUGAACGGUUUCUUCACUAUGGAGGGAAGUUUCUCAAGAAGAAGAAUCAGAAACCACUCUAUGAAGCUCUGCUGAAGAUUAAAGAAGAGUUGAUGCUGUUGGGGUUUAUUUCUCUGCUACUGACAGUAACACAGAAUGGGAUUAUAAAAAUUUGUGUUCCAGAGAGUUGGAAUCACCACAUGCUUCCUUGCAGUCUUCAGGAUAAAGAAGAGGCCCAAUCAACGAAAGUCACAUCACAUUUUCAGACUUUUUUCUCUUUCAGUGACAUUCCUACCACUGUUAGGCACCUCUUAGUUGAGACUAACAGUGGGGAUCAGCAACAAACAUCAGUAGGAAAACUUGGACACUGUGCUAGGAAGGGCAAGGUUCCUCUCUUAUCUGUGGAAGCACUACAUCACCUGCAUAUCUUUAUUUUUGUCCUAGCCAUCGUCCAUGUGGCAUUUUGUGUUCUCACUGUUAUUUUUGGAGGGUUAAAAAUACGUCAGUGGAAGCACUGGGAAGACUCUAUUCUAAAUGAGAAUAAGGGAACACAACCAGGUUUGGGAUCAACAGUGACUCAUGUGCAGCAACACGCUUUCAUCCAGGAUCGUUUUACUGGUUUUGGCAAAGAUUCUGCUGUUUUGGGUUGGGUGAAAUCAUUUUUCAAGCAAUUUUAUGGAUCUGUGACAAAGUUAGAUUACGAGACAUUAAGGCUUGGUUUCAUUAUGACUCAUUGCAGAGGAAAUCCAAAGUUUAAUUUUCAUAAAUACAUGAUUCGUGCCCUUGAAGAUGAUUUCAAGAAAGUUGUUGGCAUAAGUUGGUAUCUUUGGAUCUUUGUGGUCAUCUUCCUGUUGCUUAAUGUGAAUGGUUGGCACACAUAUUUUUGGAUUUCUUUCAUUCCUCUCAUUCUUCUACUGGCUGUGGGUACCAAGUUGGAGCAUGUAAUAAUUCAAUUAGCGCAUGAAGUGGCUGAAAAACAUUCAGCCAUAGAAGGUGAAUUAGUUGUUCAACCAAGAGAUGAUCACUUUUGGUUCAAUCGCCCCCACAUUGUCCUCUUCUUGAUUCACCUCAUCCUUUUCCAAAAUGCUUUUGAGAUAGCAUUUUUCUUUUGGAUAUUGUUUACAUAUGGCUUUGACUCUUGUAUUAUGGGACGGGUCCGUUACAUUGUUCCAAGGCUCGUUAUUGGGGUAUUUAUUCAAGUACUAUGUAGCUAUAGUACCCUACCACUUUAUGCAAUUGUGACACAAAUGGGAACACAUUUCAAGAAGGCCAUAUUUGAUGAACAAGUGCAAGCACGUCUUGUUGGGUGGGCACAAAAGGCAAAGAAGAAAGGAUUGAAAGGUGAGAAUGGCCAAUCUGUUCAAGGAGGUUCUCAUGAUGGUGCUGGAAUUCAACUAGGAUCAGUCUUCAGAAGGGCAUCUGCCCCAGAAGACAACGUUGUUGUCCCUAGAAAUGAAGGGCAUGAAUGA